UCAUCUCUGGCACUAAGACAUUGUGUUAACCUUCUCUUUAUCUUUCAGAUCUGAGCUCCUCAAUGAAGAGAGCCAACUGCACAGGGGUAAGAGAGUUUGUUUUCCAAGGUUUCUCUAAUUUCCAAGAAUACCAACUCACACUAUUUGUUGUCUUCCUUGCCCUAUACAUCCUGACUCUGGCUGGCAAUGUCAUCAUUGUGACCAUUAUCCGUAUUGACCACCACCUUCACACCCCCAUGUAUUUCUUCUUAAGUGUUCUCUCCACUUCAGAGACUUUCUAUUCCCUGGUCAUCAUCCCACGAAUGCUUGCUAGUCUUGUGGGUCUGAGCCAAACCAUCUCCCUGGAGGGAUGUGGGACGCAGCUCUUUUUUUUCCUUGGAUUUGCAAUCACCAACUGUCUCCUGCUAGCAGUCAUGGGCUAUGAUCGCUAUGUGGCCAUCUGCAACCCACUUCGUUAUAGCAUCGUCAUGAAUUGGAGGGUGUGUGUCAUUCUGGCAUCUUCAGUCUGUGCCACAGGGUUCUUUCUCUCUCUAGUUCAGGCAGUGUCCAUUUUCAGGCUGCCCUUUUGCCACUCACUGAUUGAACAUUUCUUCUGUGAUGUCCGACCUGUUUUGAAUCUGGCCUGUGUAGUGCCAGUCAUCAAUGACAUCUUGACAUUAGUUAUCAGCCUCCUGGCCAUCACAGCACCUGCCACUUUCCUAUUCAUCUCCUAUGUCCUCAUUAUUUCCACCAUUCUCAAGAUUGCCUCAGCUGAAGGCCGGAAGAAAACUUUCGCUACCUGUGCCUCCCACCUCACUGUGGUAGUGAUCCACUAUGGUUGUGCCUCGAUUGCCUACUUCAAACCCAAGUCAGAGAACAUGAGGGACCAGGACCAGCUGAUCUCAGUGACUUACACUGUUAUAACACCUCUACUAAACCCUGUUGUGUAUAGUCUGAGAAACAAAGAAGUCCAGGAUGCUCUGCGGAAAGUAUUGGGUAGGAAAUCCCUAUCAUAGUUGCUAAUUUAUGAGCAAAUAAUUUAAUCUUUUUCAUAUAGAACCUGAUAG